GCGCGAUUAUGUUUCUAGGUUUGUCAGGACCAUACCCUUGAACGUGGAUUUCACCAAAGCGAUCCACAGUGCCUGAAAUAGAGGGUGGUGCAGCCAGAGUCACUCGUCAUGUCUUUGCUACCCAAAGUCAUCACUGUGACACCACAGAGGCAAAGUGUGGAAUUACAUAAGCGGUCGUUUCACAUGGACAGGGGGAAAAUUGUCUGCAAUGGUUGCGGAGGACACUUUCCUAAUCUGGUUCUGUUUGAGAACCACACCCAUGGAGCAGACCAGAAAGCCAACAAUAUGCCGUCGCGUAAAAGUGGCCCGAAAUCCGACCAUAAGACCUUCAACACAAUGAGUGAAGACGAGAUGAUGGAGGCCUUUCAUAAGAUGCCAGAGUUGGAAGGAUGCUGGUACAAGCAGGGACAGUACCAUUGCCUUAUGUGUGGGAAGGGUUUUCCAAACCCUUACAUCCUUUUCAGUCACAAGAUCCUUCAUCCAGAAGGCAUGAGGCCCAUGAAGAAGGUUAAGGCAGAUGACUCUGACGAAUUCGUAACCAACACCACAAAAGAAUCUUGGGCCAGAAACCAGAACACUGGUGAUAACUGUCAGCUUAAUGUGAUCGUCCCAGAGGUGUUUAAGGAAAGAAGAGAUAGCUGUUCAGAUGACUCUGAUGAUGCCAAGGGUGAUGUGACCAAGACGAUCCUCAAGGUUACAAAUGACGGUGAGGAUGAAGUACAUGCCUCCACGCCCGUCAGAUUUGCUAGCGACAGUGAUGAGGAUGAGGAUGCUGACGAUGUACAGAGUCUGAUGCAGGUGCCGUGGAUGCCUAUGAAGAAACUAAAGGAGAUGAACUCUGGGAACAAUAAGGCCAAGAGUAAAAAAACCUAUUUCUACAAAAUGUACGGAGCUGGUAAAGGGAGGUCAACGUAUGUUAAGUCCAAGCCGCUUUCUGAACACAUUGUCAUGGUGGAACCGAGUAAGAAAAAUGAGCCAGUUACAGGAGGUGACAGGCGGAGACAGAGACAAAAGACCAACCCAGGAUGUGAGAAGGGCUUGUUGUUCACAGAUCUGGAUGAUGACAAAAUGAUGAAAGCUUUUCACUCCCUACCGGGAUUACGGGAUUGUACAGUGACAAGUCCUGGUAAAUUUAGGUGUGACAAGUGUUCCAGAACAUAUGAGAACCCCUACCUUCUGUUCACUCAUAGAUUGACCCACAAGGAGGUUCUUGAGAACCAGGUGAUGGAUUCCUCAACAGGAGACUCUGCAAAUGCUAAUCCAAAGUUGGUGUUCUAUAGUCUACCAGGGCUCAAUGAAUGUAAAGUGGUCAAUGGCAAGUAUCAGUGCGAUAUCUGUCCAGCAGUCUGUGACAAUCCAUAUUUGCUCUUCACACAUAAGAUGUCCCAUGACACUGAGGUGAAAAGAAAACAGAACAAAGACUUGAACGAGAAACUCAAAAGUUCCGCAUUUGGAAACGUGUUUGGACAGAAUUUCCUGGACAAAUGUAAAAUAAUGAAUGGAAAAUAUUAUUGCGACGAGUGCCCUAAACUUUAUUCCAGCCCUUACCUUCUGUUGAAUCACAAACUUUAUCAUGAGAAAUACAUGUACGUGGCUAAGACGUGUGAUGCACAGGUAGGCACAACAGACGAGGAGGAAGAGGACAGUAUGUGCUUUGAAUGUAACUUGUGUCAGGUCAAGUUUGACACCAUGGACGGACUUGCGGAUCACAUUGAAGCUCAUGCAGCUGAUACACAAGCUGGUGCAAGUUGCACCUUGUCUGAAAGUGCUCUUGCUGAUGUCAGCAAGGCUUCUACAUCUGCCUGCAGCACUGAAAUGGUUGAUGAUACAAUAGCUGUGAAAGUCAAGAUGGAACCAAUCACAGACUAUGUGGGUGAUACCCUGGAACCACAACUUGAAUCAUCGGGACUUGACCCAAGUGUUAGAAUCAAACAGGAACCAGAACCUUCCAAUCUUCCUCAGCAUUCCAUAGAAGACAGGAUGCGGACUGGUGAGGUGGAUGUGCCAUUUGAGGACAAGCUGUUUCUGAAGAGAUCCAUGCUUAGUCCAGUUGUUCGGCUCAAGAGAAUUAAGAUUGAACCAAAUGACGUUUACAUUAUGAAAUAAGAUAUUUGAGUUCUAUUCUUUUUGUUAAUGCAGUGUGUGAAAUAAAUGAAAUAUGCACAAGCCUCCAGAUCUAGCUUCAGCCAAAUUAUUAGUGCUCAGUCAUACUUUACACAAUCAUCAGGAUUUUCAUCCCCACCAUCAUGCUACAAAACACCCCAACAUUUUUUUUUGCCUUAAGUACCUUCAGACGUACAAAAUCACUGAGUGUUCUCUUCUGUCUUUACGCACUUGAA